UGACGCGACAGUCCGCUCUGGAGGCCGCAAGGCUGCGUUCAACAUGGUCCAGGUCGGCGAUGGGCUUCGCGGACUUCAGCCGCUUGCUCUUUGGCGUCAGCGACAAAAGAUGGAGUGCGCCCGGAGCCGCUGCCUCGUUGCUCAUGUGCCGUUCCACGACUCAAGCGUCGCAAGCCACCUUCACAGCUCGCAGCACGCCGGUCUCAGUCUAGGCCCAACCUCCGCAACCACCUCCAUCUCCUCUGCGACCUUGUCUGCAACACACCAUCCAUCCCUCCAUACUCGCGACCCGACAGCACGCAAUUGCUAGACAAUACCCACCGCGGACACCGGAGACGCUCUGCCGACGGGCACGCGCAGAUUGAGCCACAGGACCUCGGCGUGCUGCAGGAAGAGCAGGCCUCGAGUGGAGCACGUGGCCAGUCGUCGAGGACGUCGCUGCUUGCUACAGCCCACACAAAGAUUCGAGGAAGCGGCAGCUGGUUUCAGAAAAGCACUCCGUAUACCUUGGCCAGUAAAGGACUCGUCGGAACGGCAGCGCCUUCGUCUUUGCGCAGGAACAACAUACCGCAUGCCCUCGCCAUUCUGCCUAUCUGAGACACGCGCACGGGACUGGCGGCUGCAUGCGCAUCGAUGAAAGACACCGCUGAUGGGGCGGUCGGCACAGGCAUAGGGCUACAUGGCCAACGACCCGCCCUGCAGGUUAUAUGUCUCGGCAAUAGUGGUGGCCCCAGCGAGGAGAAUGUCACCGCAUUUUUGGUUCGUUCAAUAGCGAGCGAGUGGGCUAAAGGCUCGCUGCUGGCAGUUGAUGCUGGAUCACAUCUCGCACCCAUUACGCGAAUACUCGAGAACCACUUUCCAACCACGAGUCGUGCACGAGGCUCGAACAGCAGCCAUGCGACCGCAAGUGGCAGGUCGGGAUCCCCCAUUGAUAUGGACAUGUUUCCCAAGCCGGAGCCAACAUUGUUACAGGCGGGUCCUUUUGCGGGACUGAAGUUUCCCAAUGAGUCGGCUCGCGCAAACGCUCUCCAUGUGCUUCGAACCUACAUCUCCACUUAUCUGAUCACACACCCUCAUUUGGACCAUCUCUCUGGAUUCGCGAUCAAUACCGCAGCCUUCAACGGCACUUCGCGGCCGAAGACGUUGGCAGCGCUGCCAAGCACUGUUAAUGCCAUCAAGCAGCAUAUCUUCAAUGAUGUGAUUUGGCCGAACCUCACAGACGAAGACGGCGGCGUGGGCUUUGUGACUUUCCAGCGUCUCAAAGAAGGGGGCGAUGUUAUGAUGGGCGAGGGCGAGGGGCGAGGCUACAUUGAUGUUUGUGACGGGCUUGCUGCGAAAGCCUUCAAAGUUUCACAUGGCGUGUGUACGAAGAGUCCCCCAAGCCAUCAGCACCGUGGCAGCAUUGCUGGAAUGUCGGAUUCGAUGCCUCCGUACAAUGGAUCCAUACAAGGCAUACCUCACGAUCAAAUUACUUCGAACCGAGCAUUGUCUAUGUCGGCUAUGCAUUCGCAACCCGGCACGCCAGGUGGAACGCAGCGGUCAAGCUUCCAUACACACCAAGCUUCGCCUCAAUUAAGAGCAGCCGACCACGACACAUGUGUAGUCGAUAGCACGGCCUUCUUCCUCCGCGAUGAGGAAACACAGCGCGAGGUCAUCAUAUUUGGCGAUGUGGAACCUGAUUCUCUGUCACUCACGCCCCGGAAUAUCGUGGUGUGGCAAGAGGCUGCACGUAAGAUUGCGCAGGGCGUCCUAGGUGGAAUCUUCAUCGAGUGCAGCUACGAUGAUAGUCAAGCUGAUGCAAUCCUGUUUGGUCAUCUGAAUCCGCGGCAUCUUAUAGCCGAAUUACAGAAUCUUGCGAGCCUGGUGCUUGACGCCAAAGCCAUGCGUGCUGCUGAGAAGGCUGGGACGAAGCGCAAGCGCUCAAUUCCAGGCCACACAUCCAAUGGCUUGGAUCCAUUUGCUCGCUUGAGCAUACCGGAGACUGCACGAAAACGAACUCGGAGUCUUGCCAGCAGAACGGUAUUGGAUGAGCGGCGACGCAGUAGUGCCCCUGAUCACAACUUUCCCGCGGCCGCUGCCUCCGGCCUUCCCACUUCGCAAAGCCCCGGUUCCGCUUCUGUAGACGCGCUGAAUCAUUACAACUUUCAGGCAUCGGAGCCGGCACUUAUGGACCACGCCGGUGAUACGGUCACGUCCCCAAAGGCCGUUGCAUUUCCACAGAAUGGCCCCGGUAAUAUCGACAUCAACGUAACAGGCGAUGUGAACGAGGAGUCUGCAGCACAACCGCAUCAAGAAGCGCCUCUCAGCGGCAUCAAAGUAAUUUUAAUACACAUCAAAGACACUUUCAAGGACGGACCUCACGUGAGCGAAGUCAUACUGGAGCAGCUCCACGAACACGAGGAAGAGCUCCGCGCGAAAGGAAGUCCGCUGGGCUGCGAGUUCAUUGUCAGCCAGAGUGGCGAGUCGUAUUGGUUCUAGGGUUCUCCUCCGCACUUCAGCUUCCAGCACUGCCACUGGCCUAUUGUUUUUCGAUCUCGAAACUAGUCUUCUGGCAGCCUAGUCCUUCGCGUGGUCUAGAACGUGGUUGUUGUUAGGCCAAGGACCAAACUGAACGGAACAUGGAUCAUUAUGGAAGUGCGAUUCAGGGUCUCACCCGGGGUGCGGGUGUUCUUUCGUAGCGGGUAGCAUGUCAUCAGUUCCAUGGGUUAUGGUAUAUGGCGGGGAAUGGCGGAUGCUUCAUGGACGAUGUUUUGUCGUCAGCAGAUUCAUGAGCACAUAAGAGUCACGGGGACAGUACGUGUACAGAAAAAAGCAAUCGGUGCAUGGAGUGAGCAAAGCAUAGCACACACACGAGGAAUCUCAGCUUUCGAGGUGAUUUUUAGACUCAGCUUUGCGAUCCAGUGCACAAUGUAUGGCUACACGAAAGCAUGGCAGGCGUUGGUUGUGCAGGGGAAGUAGUCCCCAUGACGAAACGAAGCCAGCACGGGCAGUCCUUGCAUGAACGGCAUGAUAAUGACCAAGUUUUUGGCUGAAGUUGGAUUUACACGUGCAAACAUGGCUGAAAGAAGGAUCUGGUUGUCGAAAGGGUCCAUGUCUAUUUUCUAGUGGUUACCAAAUCAUAGUUUUUGCACAAAUGUGGUAAUUCAGCACGUUCUCCCAUGUGACCCGACCCGAAUAUAUCAUUGCUAUAUUCCGAGACAUACUGCUCACAGAUUUAUCCAGUGCGAAAUAGAUUGCUGAGCAAGAUUCGUUGCUGUGUUUAGUUGCGCGCCAUUCUCGGGGUUUGAUA